GGCUCAGGGUUGCAGCAGAACACCCCCCUUCGUCUUAUCCCCUUCAUCGUUUCUCUGUUUUUUAAGAAAAUCUCACGCAUCAUCCAUUUUCACUCUCAUUCUUCCCCCUUUUUUCCGAACUGUAGUUUGUUUUUGCUGCCAGUUGCAUGCAUUUUUCGUCUCCCAAAAUGGUUUGCGAGACUAAAAUUGUUGCGGACGAACACGAUGCUAUACCUGGGACCAAAAAAGAGUCGAUCAUGUGGAGCUCUCCACCGUCCAGCGCGGCUCUGAACCCCGCCGAGGCAAAGGAUGUGAGGAAAGAUGCGGUUUUUAUCCGCGAGUUCGAGUGCGGGGAUCAGGAGGAGGUGCGGCGCAUCUUUUACGAGGGUAUUAUGGAGAGGAUACCCAAUACGGCGUUUAGGGGGCUCAGGCAGCAGCCCAAGACCCAGUUUUUAUAUGCUCUUCUGACAGUAAUGUGCUUUUUCGUGACCAAAUCCGUCACGCUGACCUGCUGUGCGCCCCUCAUUCUCAUGGGUGCGCGCUACUUCUACAGCAGGAAAGUUAUCCACAGUUAUCUGGACUGUGCUCUGCACACGGACAUGGCUGACAUAGAGGCUUAUUACAUGACACCCACAGGCUCCUGUUUCUGGGUGGCAUUGCUCGACGGACGAGUGGUGGGGAUCGUGGCGGCGCAAGGCCGCGAGGAUGACAACUCGGUGGAGCUGCGGCGCAUGUCGGUGGACUCUCGUUACCGCGGCAAAGGCAUCGCAAAGGCACUGGGUCGUCGUGUUCUGGAGUUCGCCGUGCGCAACAACUACGCUGCUGUGGUCCUCGGCACGACGGCUGUAAAGUUGGCCGCCCACAAGCUGUACGAGUCACUGGGCUUCCGCCGAACGGGCCAGAGCGAGGACUACAGGCUCCCCGGGAUGAGCCGCACGCCGCUGGAGAGGCUCUUCUUCCAGAUUCGCUACAGCCGCUACCGCCUGCAGCUCCGUGAGGAGUGAGAAGUUACAGGGAGAGGGAGAGAGAGAUGGAGAGGGGAGAUGGAGAAAGACAGGGACAGAGAGAGAGAGAGAGAGAGAGAGAGAGAGCAACGACCCUCCUCCACCCGAGAGCCCCGACCGCAUCCUCUCCUCUGACAGCUUUUAUUUAUUUUGUGUCAUUAGAGAUAACUUCGAAUACAACUUAACACUUCUACUAUUUCACCUUUAAAGUCACUAACGUUUUCAUUACUAUUAUGCUUUUGUUGCUGUUGUUUUUGUAUUAUACUUUUACAUUUUAAAUAAGAGUUUGUUUCUUUUCCUCUAUUUUAUUAAGCUAUUUUUUGUACCUUUACCCCUCCCUUUUCACUGUGGGAGGAAAAAAAGGCUUUUAUAGAAGACAUCUAACUGGCACCCCAACUAGGCACCCUCCCCUGCCCCUUUGGUUUAAAGAUCAUGUGACUCUGAUCAAUACUCCCCUUCAUUACUACUCCACAAUGCCCUCUUUACCCUUCCCCCAUUACCUCAAGCCCUCCCUUCCCUCCCACUUUCUCCCAACUUCCCCACAGACGGGUGAGGCGCACACGAGUGCAAUGAGACAUUUGCAUUCUGUGUCAUUGGGGGUGGACAGAGCAAUGGAUGGGUUGGGAGGGACAGACUUCCUCGAGAGCUAAACACACACAAAAAAAAGUGUUGGGGGGACCUUUGUGGUACACACUCUCUUUUACAAAAUAUCUUCAAUGUUACAUUUUGUGUGCGCACUGUGGACACCUGGCUUCCAGCCAGUCUCUCAAGACACCAUAUUGAAGCACAGCGAGAGUGUGUUACUGACCCCCACAGUGAGAGGAAAGGAUGACAGGAUGGUUGCCGGAAUAUGCACUGUGCAUCCAACGCAGUGCAUCUUCCUCACACACCCCUCCUCUUCAUUCUCCUCACUGAAUAUUUUUGAUUGGAUCUCGCCUUUCUAUUGUUUUUAUUAAUCACUGCUUUCCUCACUGGAGCUGUGGAGAGGGUCUCUGAUUGGUUGAGGUGACGGGAGGGAGGAACAGAUCCCAUGAUACAAUAUAGCUGCAUGAACGAGCUUGUGUGUGUGUAUGUAAGUGUGAUUGUUGAGCGUAUGCAACUGUGUGUGUGUGUGUGUGUGUGUGUGUGUGUGUGUGUGAUGAGGCUAUGGUUAGACAUUACACCAUGCCUAAACAGUGUAUGAUGAUUAACCAAUUAAUUUCUUUGCGUGAACAGACACGCACCUUUCUUGCUAUGAGUCAAGUGUUAUCUAAGUAAACAACUACUUUCUAUGUGUACUUAUAAAUUGUUUACUGAUUGAAGAAAGAUUCUAACAUUUUGAAUAUGUUUAGUAUUUAACUGAUAAUUAGUAAUUUUAUAACACAUAUUACCACGUUGUAAUAUGCAAAUUCUACCGUCAAAACUACGACAAUUACAAAGUAGGAGCAGACUACACUCCACAGACUUAAUCCAGGUUAUUGGGGAACAACUUGGGUAAGACAUGACUUCUAGCAAUACUUGCAGAUCUGCAGUAUAUAACUGAGCACAAACAGCAAGUAGUUAUUGAAACCAAUAUAUUGGCAUCCCCACUUCCCCAUGUAUUUAUAUUGUGUAUACAGUUAAACAACUCAUGUAGCGAACAAACGUCAAAGUUUCUCCUAUAACACCUGUAACCCUCUCUUAUCCUCUGACCAUAACAACCAGCAGUAGAUUCAGCCAUCCACAAUUCUGAGCCUAAGUUAUGUCGUCGUACACAUUUGUAAAAAGUAAAAAUAUAAAGCAAAAUGCAACAAAAAAAAUCACAUAAGAUGAAAAAAAAAGAAAGAAAAAAAUUGAAUACAAAUGUAAUCGUCAUGAAGUUAGCAAUGGCCCUCCUUGCCUUGACCCCCCCUCCCCCCCACCACCACCCAAACUCUCCCGAGCUACCAUUCAUGAAUCUGUCUGCAACCCUGGGCUAGACCCCACACCUUCCAUUUGAACCCUCCACUGACCUUUGACCUUCCCUGUCCCAGGCCCGUUUCCCGCCCACCUCUGCAUGCGCCACAGAGCCUUGCUGCACUGCUUUUAUUACUCCAUUUGAAGCUUGUUGGACCAACCCUAGACCCCGCCCCCCCCCCCCUACUCUGAUGUCAUCCAGGAAGUGUGACGCUCAGGCUGGUGCCAGGUUGCAAGUAUGGUUGUAUGAGUGUGGGUGUGAUACAGAAGACACAGAAAGUGACAGAGAAAAUGUGUGUGUGUGUGUGUGUGUGUGUGUGUGUGUGUGUGUGUGUGUUCAGAUACACUCACCAACUACAGCACUGUCUGGAUGACAUCAUGCCUGCCAGCCAACCAACUGUAGAAUGCAAAAAGCAAUGCAAGUGUGGCAUGCCUCUGUACCCGGUGUGUGUGCGGUGCCUGCCCUGGAAAAGUGUAGAGAAAAAAAAAUCAACAAAUUUAUAUACGAUAUAUAAAUAUAAAUAUAUAUAUA